UGGUGCAGCUCGCCUACGUCGACGUCGCGCCCGGCGUCUUCUCGUGCGAGCUCGCCUCCGUGCGCGUCUACUCCUACAAGGACGGCCAGCUCACCCUGGUCGACAGGGCUUGCGGCUCUGAAAACCGGAGCACGGCCGUUCUCACGGAGGGUGGAGUUGCUAUAGUGACGUACGCGACAGUGCUGCCCUCCAGCAAUGCGUCUGGAAACGCCACUGGCGCGUUCACCGUUCUGGCGCAAGUGCUCGGCGCCCCCAGCUACCAGCCCGGAUACCGACCACCGACGCCCACGCAGAUCACCGGCAACUACAACCUUUACCAGACGCCACCCACUUAUUACUACAACCAGAUCGACAGGAAUGACGUAGGUUACCAGAAUAACAAUGGGCCCUACUAUAAGAAGCCUGCAUCAUACUACUACCUUCCUGGUAAACGCAACAGCCACUACCAACCGCCUUCGUCUACGAGUCCACCACUGCUACCACCAACUGGCAGUUAUCAUCAGAGACAGUAUCGGAACUACGAUUACACAAAGACUCCAAAAAAUGGCGGCUACUACGAGCCGCCAGAGAACUUCGAUUAUAUGAAGGCUCCAGCGAACCAGGACUACCUGAAGACUCAGCAGCAUCAACAUUACCUGCAGUCUCCACAGCAUCAAAAUUUCCCAGAGAAUCCUCAGAACUUUCGUCAGCGCCAGAGCUACCAAAAUGAUGUGCAGCAGAACUUCGGCCAUCUGAACCCACCAAACAAUCUCAAUGGAUUCCCUGCAGGAAACUAUCACCAGGGGGCACCAAAUGGUCCUCCUCCUGCCGGCACUGAGGCGUAUUUCGACUACAGACCCGACGGCUCUCCUGGGCAACCGCCAACGCCAUCUGGCUACCACCCAGACUACCAGCCGCCCUCAUACCUGCCCACCACGAUCGCGCCUCCCACCCAGGAACAGGGAAGAUUUCAUUCCCAGUGGCAGGCACCACCAAUCGGUGGCCUUCAGGGACCACAGGCGAAUUUCCCAGUUAGCCCUCUGGGAAGCGAUGGAGACUUCUUCGCUGGGGACUGCAACGGGUCUGCGUGGCAGGUCAGCAGUCUCGACCCAGCAUUCAAUAAUAGGUUUGAGCAGCAAUUCCAGCUUUAUCCUACGAACUAUGUAUGGCCACAGGACUUGGCUCAAGACUGAAAUGUAUGUUAUCCACUGCUUCUCUUCCAUAUGGAAAUAAAAAACAACGUAUAACUGAUAGAUACGUACGUGAUAUAAGCGAGAAAUGCAUCUACACUGCGCCAAAAUAAAAGAGAGUGUGUUGUCAUUUCUAACACGUUAUGAUUAUAAACUAACUUCCCGAUGAGCUGGAGACUUAAAACUUUCAACAUAGCUCAGAGCUCAGUGACAUUGCAAUAUUAACCCGCUUUCGCUUCAUGUGUGUGACAGGAGUUACUUUGUGUACCACCGCCAUUUUCCCCUUUUCCUUUUCCACCCGCGAAAGUUUCGUGGAAAGAACGGUUGUUGGUAAAGUCCCCAUGUGAGCUUUAUUCUCCUUCAUUUUUACCUUAGAGGUCUUUCCGUGAGGUAAUACUGGGAGGAAGCAAUGUAUUGGUUGACUCAGCUGAAGAGAAACUGAA